CUAAUACGGACAUGUACGAGGCCGUACACAUCCGUCCACCAGUACCGUACUUGCUUGAUCGUCUUCACAUCCCGACCUUCUGCGCAGUCAGUUACUUUGUCGAGUCGUGCUCUAGUCCCUCGCCUCGGCACCGAGUUCGUCGCCUUUGGCGAUACAGUCCAAAGCCCACCAUCUUCCACCCCCUCCUCUCUGUCCUCCCUCAUCUGUACAAUGCAGCACCUUAUCCGCCAUUUAUCAUCCCGCCUAUCCUCUGGGGUAGGCAUCGGUCUUGCUGCCUUUGCAGGUUAUGUGAUCCUGUGUCGGACCCUCCGCUUUUUGCGCCGAAACCGCAAACAUGCACACUUCCCAUACAAAACCCGCAAAGACUUCUCCAACAUGACGGCCGAUGAUGCCUGGCAGAUUGUCAGGUACUGUAUGUCGCUCGAAUUUCCUCUCGUCAGCGAAAAAGCUUUGGAGUUUGCCCUUUUCAGAACAUACGGCAUUCCCACAAUCUCCAAGCUUCUCUGCCAGACCCAGCAGCUUUCGGAACAAAAAUAUGCUUCCAGGCGCUAUGCUGAUACCAACAUCCUGAUCGGUGAAUUUCUGGCUCACGGUCCCACAUCCGAGAGAGCCAAUGCUGCCAUAUCUCGCAUGAACUACAUCCAUGGUAGGUAUCAGAACGCUGGCAAGAUCAGCAACGAUGAUAUGUUGUACACACUUGCUCUCUUCAUCUUGGAAAUCGAGAGGUGGGUUCGUUUGUAUGAGUGGAGAUGUUUGACACCCAUGGAGAUCUGUGCCUUCGGAACUCACUGGAAAUCUAUUGGUGAUGCCAUGGGUAUCGAUUUUGGAGAUCUUGCCCAUGGCCCAAACUCCUUCCAGGACGGCUACGAGUUCUUCGAAGAUAUCAAACAAUGGUCAGAGGGAUACGAAAAGAAGUGCAUGGUGCCCAACGGCGACAACCAUAAGCUCGCGGAAGAAACAACGAGAAUUCUCCUGGCAGACAUACCCAACAUCGCAUUUCCCUAUGCAAAACCGUUUGUUGCCGUGUUGAUGGACGAUAGACUGCGCGAGGCGAUGCUCUACGAUAAACCACCCGCAGUCUACGCGCGAAUUUUGUUUUCCCUGUUGAAAGUGCGGAAAUUCCUUGUCCGAAAUUUUGCCCUACCUCGACCGUACUGUCUGCGUUAUUCUGUCAUGACGGAUGACCCGGAUUCGAAUGGACGAUACUACCGUACCAAAUAUGCGAGCGAGCCCUGGUACAUCAAACCUACAUUCUGGGCUCGCAUUGAGCCUCGGUCGUGGGUUCGUUGGGCAGCGGGCAGUGCUUAUCCUGACGGGAAGCGAUACAAGCCCGAAGGAUACUCUAUGUUUGAGGUUGGCCCAGCCAAUAUGGAGGACAAAGGCCAGAAGGAGUGUGCCGCCACUUUGGAACAGUUGAUGAGUAGCUCACGUGGCGCAUGUCCAUUCGCGUCGGGGAAAGCUAGGUAG